AAAUCAUUUGUAACAAAUGCCUCUUUAUGGUCGUAGUUGCCCUUGUACCGCAAAGAGCCUGGGACUAGAUAAUGCCAUAAACAUCGUAGACUGCAGUUUGAGGUUUUGUAUGUUCAUAUGAUAAAGGAUGACAGAGAAGGACAUUAAAGGCCACAGCCACCAGCUAGAACAGUAUGUCUUAUUGGCCAAGUCAGCAAGGGGGGCAGCUCUUACUGCCCUGAUUAAACAGGUUCUGGAAGCCCCAGCAUUAUACGUCUUUGGUGAAUUAAUUGAAAUGUCCAAUAUCCAAGAGCUGGCAAAAACAGAGAAUGCUCCAUUUUGGCAGCUGCUCAACAUCUUUGCAUUUGGAACCUAUACAGAUUAUAAAGACAACAUGGGAACCCUCCCUCCACUCACACCAGUGCAAAUAAAAAAGCUGAGACAUCUUACUAUUGUAUCAUUGGCUUCUAAAUCAAAGUUUAUUCCAUACAGUCUACUACUCAAGGAGCUUGAGAUAUCAAACUUAAGGGAACUAGAGGAUUUGAUCAUUGAAGCUAUAUAUGCAGACAUUAUACAUGGAAAGCUAGACCAGAAAAAUAAACAGCUGGAGGUAGAGUAUGCCAUGGGCAGAGAUAUCAAGCCUGAGACUGUUGGCACCAUAGCAGAGAUUCUGCAAGACUGGUGUCAAAGCUGUGAUUCCAUCCUAAAUAGCAUUGAUAAGCAAAUUGGAAGAGCAAAUACUUACAAGGAAAAGAAAACUAUGCAGAAGAAUACAGUUGAAGCAGAGGUUGAAAACCUGAGAAAGGCUAUAAAAGCCACAUCCCAGUCCGACAUGGUGGAUGAGGGAGUUCCUGGAGUAAGCUCUUUCCAAAGCCAACAGUACCAACAGAAGACGGUGCCCCCAGGAAAGCAAAAGGGGAUCCGAGGAAGCGGGAAAGUAUUUGGUGCUCAAGUUCGGAGGUAGUGGCGAGCAUGCGCAAAAAGGUUUUCUCAGACAUUGGAUUGAAGGUCAUACGGAGAGAAGCGCCCGCCUGGCCCUAACUUUGGGAGAUUUUCAUGCUUGAGAUAAUAUGUCUUUAGAUAGGAAGAUUCCUCAUUAAACUUGUAAAUAACUGACA